AUGGCGAGUUCGAGUGGGAUCAAGAACGAGGUUGGCCCACUGAGAUCGAUGUCGAGGAGGAUGACCAGGAUGCCCAGUAUGAUGGAUUCUACAGCCGAAGACAAUGCGGUGGACAGUGAGCUGGUGCCGUCGUCACUGGCUUCCAUUGCUCCGAUCCUUCGUGUGGCCAAUGAGAUCGAAGAGGAAAACCCCAGGGUUGCUUAUCUGUAUGCUAGUUCGGGAAUGACACUAGGCGAGGGCGCUGCAAUGCCCUGCUUCUCCGUUGUGGCAGGCCCCGGACAAUGCAAAAGAAUUGAGGCCCGGGGGAGCCACAAUGGACGAGACACCCCAGCCUUUGGCCGCUUCCAUGCUUUCGAGAAGGCUCAUAGGAUGGAUAAAACAUCGAGUGGACGUGGUGUUCGCCAGUUCAAGACCUACCUGUUACACAGACUUGAACAGUUGGGUACUGUGGAUUCACCUGAAGAGAGUGUGACUUGGGCUUCAUCCCCUGAUAAUGAUCAACAAGUUUUUUUGGCAAUGGCUAUAUCAUUUGGUUUUAGCAUCAAAUUCAUACAAAAAAGUUCUGUAGGAAAAGCUAUUUCAAUGGCAUUGUGGCAGUAA